AUGCCGGCUGCAGGCUACAGGGGCGUCGACUACCUUUUGUUUGGCUACUUCCUGAUACAGAUUCCAGCUACGCUCCUGUUUGACACUCAGGGAGUCUAUGGGGAAUGGCUCUACCCUUCUUUUUUGCGCUCGCUACGUCAUCACUACCUAGAAACAUACAAAGAUCCAUUUCUGGCUAACGCUUGGAACCACCCCUGGUUCCUUUCGUUUUGUCUGCUGGAACAUUACCUGGCCAUGCCGUUCUAUGUAUGGGCCGCUUAUUGCUACUAUUACGGAGCAGUAAAUAAACCAGUGAUAGUGAUCCCAGCUCUGAUCUACAGCGUCCACACCAUCACAGCAGUCAUUGCCAUCUGGACCAUGGCAUUGCUCGCAGACUUCAGCAAAAUCCAGGAACCAGCACCCACAAACUUUACCCAGAGAUUGCUUUUAUGUUUCGCUUAUUCCCCCUUUUUCAUUGUGCCAAUGGUAAAUGCGGUUGACUCAUUCUUAUUGACGCAGAAAAGAAAGAAUGAUUAG